GGAAGGCGGGGCUAGGCUUUUCCCGGGCCGCACAAACCUUGUGCUGAAGUUCCGGACGUGCGUGCUCCGGAGACAGUCACGGAAGGCCACGGAGUUCUCUGGACGCAUGCGUAGCCGUAAACGCGAAUAACCGCGCAAAGCGUUACAGCCGUCUUCUCUUUGCGUUCAGUCGGGUGCGAGGUGCUCUCUGGAGCCCUUCUUGUCCCUGAAACAGCAUCCAGUUUCCUCACUAUUAAGUCCCUGGUCUGUGAUGCCACCGUGCUCUUCCGGGAGGCUGGAGAGGCGAAUGGCUCCUGCACCUGGUGCGAUUGCCGUGACAUGCUGGAGUCCCCACCGGGCUCCGGAUAGGGGCUACUAACAAGCGCUCCAUGUCUGCCACAGAUGCCAUACACUUUAGGCGCGAUGCACAGGCAUGUGCCUUGUGGGCAGGUGCUCAGAGCGCAUUCACAUUGGUACACACGGGAACCCGGACGUGUGCACCUCGCAAACACCGUCCCAGGCAUGCUGGGGCUGUCACUUAGGUGACACGUAUGUGUCACGAGUGGACGGGCCUGUGUGCUACUUAGCCAGCUUUGUGCACACCUCUGGCUUGACUCCAAGUCUUCAAGUACCUAGCAGGGGUUCAAAUGUAACUUGUGACUCCUCCCAGAGUAGUAGAGUUGGGAAGAGGGUCCUAGGUCAGCCCCAGGAUGCAAUUAAGAUCUUUUGCAUCUUAUUUACAUAUUGCCCUUCUGGGGGCAAAGGGGAGUCCCAUGAGUCCCGUGGCAGUCAAGCUCUCAGAACCCUGGGGACAGGGGUGGAGCCCUCUGCACAGCCUCGCAGCUGGGGCAGGAAGCGAGAGUGGGGAGGGGGAAGGCCACAGCCCGCAGAGUCAAGGCGGGCCCAGGACCUGUGGAGACGGAGGGUAAUACCAAAGCUCGAGCCCUGAGGCCCUGCUGGCCCCCUGGGCACCGGCCCAGCCCCGGCCUCCAGGGAUGGCCCUUGUAGACCCCGACAUCUUUAAUAAGGACCCCCGGGAACACUAUGAUCUACUGCAGCGCCUGGGUGGUGGAACCUAUGGAGAAGUCUUCAAGGCUCGUGACAAGGUGUCUAAGGACCUGGUGGCUUUGAAGAUGGUGAAGAUGGAGCCUGAUGAUGAUGUCUCCACCCUUCAGAAGGAGAUUCUCAUGUUGAAAACUUGCCGGCAUGCCAACAUCGUGGCUUACCAUGGCAGUUACCUCUGGCUGCAGAAGCUCUGGAUCUGCAUGGAAUUCUGUGGGGCUGGUUCUCUCCAGGACAUCUACCAAGUGACUGGCUGUCUGUCCGAGCUCCAGAUCAGCUAUGUGUGCCGGGAAGUGCUCCAGGGUCUGGCCUACCUGCACUCGCAGAAGAAGAUACACCGAGACAUCAAGGGAGCCAACAUCCUCGUCAAUGACUCCGGGGAGGUUAGGCUGGCUGACUUUGGAAUCUCAGCCCAGAUUGGGGCGACAUUGGCCCGACGCCUCUCUUUCAUUGGGACACCAUACUGGAUGGCUCCAGAGGUGGCAGCUGUGGCCCUGAAGGGUGGAUACACUGAGCUGUGCGACAUCUGGUCUCUUGGCAUCACGGCCAUCGAGCUGGCCGAGCUCCAGCCGCCCCUCUUCGACGUGCACCCUCUCAGGGUUCUCUUCCUCAUGACAAAGAGUGGCUACCAGCCUCCUCGGCUAAAGGAAAAAGGCAAAUGGUCGUCUGCCUUCCAUAACUUUGUCAAAGUCACCCUCACUAAGAGCCCCAAGAAACGCCCCGGUGCCGCCAAGAUGCUCAGUCAUCAGCUGGUGUGCCAGCCAGGGCUCAACAGAGGCCUCAUCUUGGAUCUUCUUGAGAAAAUGAGGAAUCCUGGGAAGGGGGCACCUGCUGGGGAGCCUGACGACGAGGAGCCUGAGCCACCCCCUGCCAUCCCUCGGCGGAUCAAAUCCACCCACCGGGCCAGCUCACUGGGGAUCCCAGACACAGACUGCUGUCGGCGGCACAUGGAGUUCCAGAGGCUCAGAGGAAUGGAACCCAGACCUGCAGCUGACACUGUUUGCUUACAGCCCCCUGGAGACUUCAGGAGCACCAGUCCCAGGAGCCAACUGUCAGAGUCUGAUGACGACUAUGAUGAUGUGGACAUCCCUGCCCCAGCAGAGGACGUGCCUCCUCCACUGCCCCCCAAGCCCAAGUUCCGGUCUCCAUCUGACGAUGGUUCUGGAGGGCUAGGGGACGACGGACAGCUGAGCCCAGGGGUGCUGGUCCGGUGUGCCAGUGGGCCUCCUCCUCGUACCCCUCGUCCGGGGCCUCCCCCAGCCACACACAGCCCCCAUCUCACAGCCCACUCAGAUCCCUCACUGUGGAACUCAGCCGCGCCGGAGCCAGGUCAGCCCCCACUCCUGCCCCCUAAGAAGGAAAAGAUGAGGAGAAAGAUGGAGAAAGCGAGGCGCCAAGAGGGAUGCGCCCUUCUUGUGAAGUUAUUCAACGGCUGCCCCCUCCAGAUCCACAGCACAGCUGCCUGGACACAUCCCUCUACUAAAGACCAGCACCUGCUCCUGGGUGCAGAGGAAGGCAUUUUCAUACUGAACCGGAAUGAUCAGGAGGCCACGCUGGAGAUGCUCUUCCCUGGACGGACAACCUGGGUGUACUGCAUCAACAACCUGCUCAUGUCUCUCUCAGGGAAGACUCCCCACCUGUAUUCUCAUAGCAUCCUGGGCCUGCUGGAGAGGAAGGAGAUCAGAACAGGAAGCCCCAUCGCUCACAUUAGCCCUCACCGGUUUCUGGCAAGAAAGAACAUGGUCUCCACCAAGGUCCAGGAUACCAAAGGCUGCCGGGCCUGCUGUGUGGCCGAGAGUACCAGCUCUGGGGGCCCAUUCCUGUGUGGGGCGUUGGAGACGUCUGUGGUCCUGCUCCAAUGGUACCAGCCAAUGAACAAGUUCCUGCUCGUCCGGCAGGUGCUGUUCCCGCUGCCCACGCCGCUGCCCGUGUUUGCGCUGCUGACAGCGCCGGGCUCCGAGCUGCCGGCGGUGUGCAUCGGCGUGAGCCCCGGGCACGCGGCCAGGUCGGUGCUCUUCCACACCGUGCGCUUUGGUGCCCUGUCCUGCUGGCUGGACGACUCCAGCACGGAGCACAAGGGACCAGUGCAGGUGACCCAGGUCAAGGAAGACAUGGUGAUGGUGUUGAUGGACGGCUCUCUGAAGCUCGUGACCCCAGAGGGGGCCCCAGCUCCCGGGCUUCGCACCCCUGAGAUCCCCAUGACGGAAGCAGUGGAGGCUGUGGCUAUGGUUGGAGACCGACUCCAGGCCUUCUGGAAGCAUGGAGUUCAGGUGUGGGCUCCAGGCUCGGAACAGCUGCUGCAGGAGCUGAGAGACCCCACCCUCACCUUCCGUCUGCUCGGCUCCCCCAGGCCUGUCGUGGUGGAGACACGGCCCUCGGACAACCCCACCGCCCCUAGCAACCUCUACAUCCAGGAAUGACCAUCUGAGAGAGCACGAGAAACGGACCUCUGUGGACUCCUGAAGACACUAGUGGCCAUGACUUGUCCUUAUCUUCCAAUAAACAUGACUUCGGUCUGUU